CUAAGGGAGCCUGGAACCGCUGAGCCGCAGUGGGAGUGGCGCGGACCUGCAGCAGGCCCUGAGAACCGUAAUUUUGGCCGACCAGGUGCCUGUGAGCGCCUCUCUUCCUCGAUUUAGAGAACAGUCUUAGCGGGCGCAGAGGAGUCCUCUUCCUAGGCCCGGUGGCGGUAAGCUUGCUGUCUCCUCAGGCCUGGUGAGCCUGGGCUGGAGUCUUGGCUGAUCUGAAAGGGUCUCUGUAUGUAGUCCUGGAGCUCACUGUGUAGACCAGGUUGCCCUUGAACUCAGGUCCUUCUGCCUCCUGAGUACUAGGAUUAAAGAAUAACUUAAAAAUGACUACGCCAAACAAGACACCUCCUGGUGCUGACCCUAAGCAGCUGGAGAGGACUGCAACAGUAAGGGAAAUUGGAUCUCAAGCCGUUUGGUCACUUUCUUCAUGCAAACCAGGUUUUGGAGUGGAUCAAUUACGAGAUGACAAUCUAGAAACUUACUGGCAAUCUGAUGGCUCUCAGCCUCAUUUAGUGAACAUCCAAUUCAGAAGAAAAACAACAGUGAAGACAUUAUGUAUUUAUGCAGACUAUAAAUCUGAUGAAAGCUACACUCCAAGCAAAAUCUCAGUCAGAGUAGGAAAUAAUUUUCACAACCUUCAAGAAAUUCGGCAACUUGAAUUGGUGGAACCAAGUGGCUGGAUUCACGUUCCUUUAACUGACAAUCAUAAGAAGCCAACUCGCACAUUCAUGAUACAGAUUGCUGUUCUAGCCAAUCACCAGAAUGGAAGAGAUACCCACAUGAGACAGAUUAAAAUAUACACACCAGUGGAAGAGAGCUCCAUUGGGAAGUUUCCUAGAUGCACAACCAUCGAUUUCAUGAUGUAUCGUUCAAUACGGUGAUUUUAAAUUUGACAGAACUGAAACAGACAUUUGCCUUAUCCUAUCAUUGCAUAUUGUAUUAAGUGUCUCUUUUGAAGCCAAUCCUUACAUUUUUCUUUUUAUUAAAAGAAAACUAGUUAAACUGAAAAAUUUGAGAUGUACAUAAUUUUUACCAGCUUGAUGGUUAUUUCAUAAAUGAUUGUUAGAUAUUUGGGAACAAAACUUUUCCUGGUAUAUAUGUAAUUUUCAGUAGCAUGAGGUUAAUUUUUAAGGGAAAUUUAAUUUUUUAAUGUAAAGGUUUUUUUUAACAUAUUAUGUAAAUAAACUGGCACUGAAUGUCUGUAAUAAUCUAGUCUGUCUUCUGGCCCACGCCUGUAAUCUAGAACUCUGGAGGUUGAGGAUCCUGAGUUCCAGUCUUGCUUGGUCUAUAGUGUGAAAUCCUCUCUUGAAGAGACUGGGGGUUUUUAGUAGGAGAGAAGCCUCCUAAUUUGGAGAAUGUAAUUGUCAUAUAUAUCUUUCAUAAAAUAUAACUCAAGGUUGUCUAUAUUCUCACAAUAUCGUGUUAGAUACUGCCGUUAUAAUUUGUAGCUUAUCUCAGUCCAUGUAACACUUAGGAGAAAAAUUUCAAUUUGUGUCUGACAUUGUAACAUCUUCCCCAGAUAAUAUUUCCUAUGAGAAUAAAAAAAAAAAAAAAAAGUUUUUUUUUCUCCCUUGUAGAACAUGGCUUACCAAUGAAUGUUGACUAGUUCAUAACAUACUGUGCCCUGUAUCUGAUGGGGUGGAGUCAUUAGUUCCAGGACAUCCCCUAGAUUCACUUUUGCUUUAGAAAGGUUGUUCAUGCUUGAUAGGCAUAUAUGUCUAA